AUGAAAUCAUUAGAGUAUUUAGGAUAUGUCAUCAGUGAAAAUGGACUGCAUAUGCAGGAAGGUAAAAUAAAGGCAAUUGUAGCAUAUCCAGCUCCAAAUAACUUGAAAGCCUUGAGAAAAUUUUUAGGUAUGGUUGGCUAUUAUCGCCCUUUCAUUAAGGGAUUUGCCACCAUAGCCAAGCCAUUAACAGAUUUAACUAAGAAGGAUGUAGUUUAUGAAUGGAAGACAGAAGAGGAAAGAGCUUUUCCAAACACUCAAGAAAUGAUGACAAGAAAUCCCAAUUUUAGUGAAAUGGAUUUCACUAUGGCUCAUGGUGAGCGAUAUCUGCAUCUCCCUCUUGCAAAUCAAGAAGGGAGCAAUUCUAAAGGAUCAUGGCCAAGUGAAGAUGAUACACGACAUAGUGGUUGUCACUAUAAACGUCACUACAGUAGUUACCGUCAACAACUGGCAGAAUUACUGACUACUGAUAGUGAUGUAGAUAAAGAUAGGGCUAGAAUAGAAAAAUUAGAAAUGUUGGCCGCAGAAUGA